UUGGGAUAAUUAGAGCGGAUGGACGCUUCCGCCUUGGCUGCACCCGUGCUGUCAAAGCGGGAGGAUGAUCAACCAGAAAUGUAGCAUUUUAUUACUGAAAGACAGAAGACGGAAGCGGAUUAUACAAUGUAUCUAUGUGGUGGGCUUCAUGGACUUGUUUGGGGUGAGCAUGAUCAUCCCACUACUGAGCCAUCAUGUGAAGGCUCUUGGAGCAAGUCCCACUGUGGCCGGUAUUGUAGGAUCUACAUAUGGGAUCUUGCAGCUUUUCUCGAGCACCGUAGUUGGCAGCUGGAGUGACGUAGUGGGACGCCGGUACUCUCUGCUGACCUGUCUACUGCUCAGUGCUCUAGGCUACAGCCUGCUAGGGAUGUCCACCAGCAUCGCUUUGUUUGUCCUUGCACGGAUACCUGUGGGGCUGUUCAAGCACUCACUCUCCAUCUGCAGAGCCCUGCUGUCUGAUCUGGUGUCUGAGUCAGAGCGCCCUCUGGUGAUGGGACACUUUAAUGCAGCCUCCAGCGUCGGCUUCAUCUUGGGUCCUGUGGUGGGUGGCUACCUGACUGAGCACGAAGGAGGCUUUUAUACGUCUUCUUUUACGUGUGCAGCCAUCUUCCUCAUUAAUGCUGGCUUGGUAUGGAUGUUACCAGGGUGUGAGACACUAGUUGACCGUAAUGACAGUGUCUGCAGAAACAACAUGAGUAAAGGUUAUCAUGAAAACCACUUUAGUAAAUCUGUACAGAACGGUUCUCAAGGAAGUAGCCACCACCCUUUGUUGACAGCAGACACCGAGCAAAAGUCCACAUCCCCUGGAAGGCAUCGUGGUGGUGUAAGUUGGAGGGAUGUGUCUUUGCUGCAGCCAGCCUGGAAACAGCUGUCCUCGGUGGGCUCCAAGAUCCACUUGGUGGCUUCAUCUGACAUGUGGGAUCUCUUCCUUGUGCGUCUUCUGAUGGCCAUAGCUAUCAUGCUCUACUACAGUAACUUUUCUCUGGCCAUGGAAGAGCGUUUCUCACUCAAGCCAAAAAUGACCGGUUAUCUGAUCAGCUAUAGCAGCACCCUAGGGGCCCUGGCUGGAUUCCUGGUGGGGCCAGUCACACAGCUGUAUAAGAACAACAUGCCUGCUUUGCUGCUUCAUUCCACAGUGCUCACCUGUUCACUUAUUUUCCUCUAUGCUGCUGCACCAAGUGUUUGGCAGGUGCUGCUCACCUCCACCUUCUUUGCCAUUUCUACCACUAUUGGACGGACGUGUAUCACAGAUCUGGAGCUACAGAGGGGAGGGGCCCAGGCGAGCGGGACUCUGAUUGGAGCCGGGCAGUCAGUUACAGCUGUGGGUCGAGUCCUGGCUCCUCUCCUGUCUGGUUUGGCGCAAGAGUUCAGCCCUUGCGGCCCCCCCAGUCUGGGAGUGGUGCUGGCUCUUGCAGCUGUGAGUUUAUUGCUCAUCAGAAUUCCCAAAUGGGAUGCGAGAGGGAUGACAAAAACAGCCAAACUCAGAAACUCAUACUAGCAGAAGCUCAUUAACUGAAUUUUGAAAUAUAAAAUCGCAGAGAAGUGCUCUUAUUUGCGAGAGGCCAGCUGGGACAAUGAACAGCAGGCUCCUCGUGGGAGCAGCGAAUCCCACUCAAACAUGUUAUUCUUUAACAGGAUGACACUACUGUUGAUGCGAUGGCUUCACAGGGUGAAAUAUUGUGACCUUCAAAUCACACCAGCACUGAAGUCCUUCUCUUGGGGAGCUGAAUCCAAAAAAAAAAUAAAAUAAAAAGUGCACUGUUGACAUGAAGACAGCUGCAAAAUGCUGAAAUUUGACAUCAGCCUUUGGGCACAACUACUGGAUUAUGAUUGUACUUUAUUAUUAAUGCAAUUCUGUAACCACUAUAAAUUCACUGACAUUGCUGAAUGCAGGUCUGUGAUGCACUAUAUGCCUGAAGAGGAGGAUUGGAGUAAUAAUUCAUUCAAUUUAGGAAAAAAGAUGACUAUCAAAAGGUAGGUUAUUCAAUUUUUGGUAUGAAGUUGAUUUUACACAUUUUACCUCAAUGGCUGUUUUUAUUAUUAUUUUAAUGCAAAGUAUCAGAAAUCUAAACUAAUGAUGUUCUUUGACUUUUUGAUUAUAUAUAUAGAGAGAGAGGUUAGUUUAUCUAAGAUUAUCUUAGAUGUUUAAAUGGGUAUUUGUUGUGCACUAUUUUUAAGUUAUUUUUAUAACAUUAUUCCAAACACUUGUUUAGUAACCCAAACAUCAGCUGAGGGGUGUACUGCGAAGUGAGAUUAAUGGCUUAGUGAGCAAUGUCAAGGUUAAAAUCACUUCGAUUGAAAAUGAUACAUUUUCACUAAUUCUUUUAUUUACAGCUUGCUUUAACUGUAGUAUAGAUUCUCUGCUGUGCAAAUAUGCUUUAUACAGUAUGUGCAAGUUGUUACUAAGGUUACACAUGAAGCCCAGCUGUAAAGUUACAGCAGUGCAAACUGUGCAUCGCAUUGUCACUGGAAUGUGCAUGUAUUCAUUAAAUAAUGGGGUUUAGGUUUUGUCCUUGCCAGUUUACUCAAAGAAAGCCUGGCUGUGUUGAACUUCAUCUCACACACACACACACAGACCAAAAGGAAUGUCUUUUACAUUUAUGCAAAAAUUCCAUAAAGUAUGUGCUACAUUAUGGCAGAAAAAUGUUACAAUGAAUAAACAGUUUGUACUUUUGA